UUUCAUCUUCCACAUCUCUCUUUCUCUCAUUUUGGUCUCCAUUGACGUAAGGAGAUCAAGAAAAAGCUAUGAGUCUAAAUUGCCUAUCAUGUCAAGCUCUUUCACGAACCGAUUCAAACAAAGAAUUUGAUCUCUCUGGUCGCGGACCAUCAACGGUCGAAAGUAACCCUGUCUUAGGUAAAAGUAAAACUUAUUGUGCUGAUCAGGUUGGUGGGAGAAAUUGGUCAGGUAAUUUGAAUGCUAGGAUCUCUGAGAAAAUUGGAAGAUCAGGAUCGUCUUUAGCGCAGAGAAUGAAGAAGGUGAAAAAGACUCCUCAUAUUAGGCUAAGUGGUCCGGUUGGUUCUAACUCUGGCAAUGGACUGCUUAGAACCGAACAGCCAACGCUUGUGAGAAGUAGUGGAAUGAGAAGGAAUUGGAGUUUUGAGAAUCUGAGAGAUCAAGGGUUGAUAGAAGAGAAGAGCAAGGCUAACAUAUGAUCAUCAAUGAUUUAUUAUGAUUCUGAGAUUUUAUGGAAGAUAAAAACUGGUUAUAUGUAGUUUUGAAUCCAGAUUCAUGGUUAUAUAAAUCAUGAUAGAAUAUGUGAGAUAUAAAAUAGUAUUAUUUUGAUGAAAAUCAUGUGUUUGUUUGUUAUUUAUGUUCUCUUUCAAUAUUAUAUUAUUUUGUUGUAAUAUAUUUUUGAAUAAAAAAUCGUUUUCCAUUUUACUGCGUGUGUGUGUAUGUUUAAUCUAUUACGUAUGAUCACGAUGUGUAUGUAUGUUACUGAUUGUGUUAGAUACUAGUAUGUCACAGUCCAGAUAUAAAUCUGCAUGUUCCACAUUAUUGACAAAAAAUAUACUUGAUAAUUGACAUAUAUGAACAAACAUAAAAAUCUUUGUCGUUACGAAACAAUCUAUAAAUCUCUAUUUGCCUUACGUAUAACGUUUAUUACAAAUAAUUCAUGUGUGCUAUUAAUGUUGUAUUUUUAGAUAAUAAUAAAUUUUAUCGUCAAAUAGCAAUAAUAAUAAAUUUACAAAUUAUUAACUGAUUGUAUAAUAACUUCAUAAUAAUUGUGACAAUUUUAUUUUGAAUAUUCCCUACCAUGUUUACAAUCCCUACUCACUACAAAAAAAUUGUUGUUUAGCAUCAUUUAUUUUGUAUUUUUGCAUUAGUUAUAAAUGAUGUAAAAUAAUUUUGCAUCAUUUAUAUAAAUGACUCUGAAAGUGGUGAUGCAAAUAAUUCACAUCGUUUUGUUAAUAAUUGAUGUAAAAAUGCUAAAUAUUUACAUCAACUAUUAUAAAUGAUGUAAAAUAUAUAUCAAUUACAAUAACUGAUAUUAAUAUUUAUAUCAUUUAUUAAAAUGAUGUUAAUAUUAGCAUCAAUCAAUUAAUUGAUUUUAAUAAUUAAUUAUAUCACUUUUGGUAAUUGAAUAACUAAAUUUUUAUCAUGUUGAUUUUUUAAUUUUAUUAAUACAAAAUUAAUAUUAAAUUGAUAGCAGUAAAUAAAUAAAUUAAAUACUUUUAUUAAUUGUUAAUGAUUUCUUAUUGUUCUUUUCAUUGAUGUUACAAUUAAAAAUAAGAAAAUUACAAAAACAAGAAAACAAAAGAACACAAUUAAAAAAACAGAUAAACAUAGUUCGCCGUAAGAGUUCUUCGAUCAAGCUUCUUCUUCUUCCAAUUCUCUGUAUCUUUUGCUGUUGGUUGUAGGGUUUUAAGCUAAUAGUUUCUUCUACAAAUAAAACCAUAAUCAUCAUCACUCAUAUAAGAAAAUACCGAUUCAUAGACAAAAACAAUAUAAAGAAAAGUUUGCAUCAGAUUGUCACUAUUGACUAACCUUAACCAAUGGUUCCUGAGGUAAACAAUAAUAGACUUCACGAAGGUUCCAAGAAUAUUAUUUCAGAUCUGCAGAUUCAACCUCUCUUAAACUGUGUUAAAGAAUUGUGUGUGGAAGAAAAGACUUUGCAAAAAAGAUGUAAAGGAUCGUUGCUUUUAUUCAGUUGAUUUCUUAUUAGAAGGAAACGUGAACUAGUGGUGAGAUAAAAUAGGAGAUAUUGCUAUAUUUUUGGUAACAAACAUAUAGAUUUUUAAUGGUUUACAAUUUUCUUUACAAAACAAUUUAACGCAGUACAUAUAUAAGAUUAACUAUUAACAUUUAUUAAUUAGGUCGAAAAUUUAAAAUAUUAGUUGUAAAAAAAUAGAAUAAUUUCUUUCUUUUAAUUAAAUAUGUAUUCUAGUGAGUAUAAAAAUGUUUUUUUUUAAUAUAGAUUUUCAGAUUCUUUAUUUAGUUAAUAUAUAUGUUAUAUUUUUAAUAUUAAAAAUAUCAAUUAAUGUAGCUUACUUAUUAAAUCAAUUCGAAAUAGUUUAUCAAAGCAUAAAAAAUCGUUUAUAAGCAGAAAUGAUCUACGUACAUAUUAGUAACUAAUGAAAAUUAUGUUAGUAUCAUUUUUAUCAUUGAUGUCAAAUUUGCAACAUUUAUUAAAAUGAUUUUACUUUUGAAUCAUUUAAUAAGUGAUGUAAACUCAUAUUUUCUAUCAUUUUUCAAAAAGUGAUGUAAACUAAUAAAGAUUUGCAUCAAUUUCAUUCAAUCGAUGCCAAACAAGUUAAUAACCGCAUCGUUUGUAUCAUUUCCUAAUAAGUAAUUCUAAAUAGUAUCAUUUAUUUUUGUGAUUCUAUUUAAGUGAUGUAAUAUGAUCCUUUUUUUGUAGUGACUCUACAAUUAUUUGCGUUCUCUCUCUAGCUCUUGCAUCUCUCUAGUAAGUGUGUCUCCUCUGCCACCGUGCGCCUUCACUAGUGGGCAGAGCCUCUCUUCCCUUUUAUCUUUUUUUUUUCUGUUUGCUCAUUUGCUUUUCGGGUUAUUUGGACCGAUAUGUCUUAGUUCUGAAUCUUUACGGCAAAACCUCUGUUCAGAUCCGCAGGUGGUUGUUCUUGAAGUCAGUUGAGGCCUCUAGAUCUGGAAGGAGGGUGAGGUUUAUAGGCCGGGUGUUUGCAGUGGAGUCGUCGUUUAGGAGCUUGCGGACUUCAACCGGUGAUUUUUUCUUCACUCGCGUGGAUCGAUUUUGGAGGUUGAUUUUCCAGAUAUUGCAGUUUUGGGCUUCAUAGUGGAUGAAUCUGUCCUCUCCACCCUCGUCUUAUCUGGAUUCCUCCGGCGAGUAUGCGGCUUUUGAGCUCUUCUUCAUUGUCUCUUGCGGCUCCUUAACCAGUGGGAUUUCAGAUUGUCUGGAGGUUGAAACAAUAUCCUUUGGUUCUUGACGGGUGAGCGUGUCCGGAAGGCUGGUGGGGUAGUCUGGUCAACAUCUCACUCUCUCCCAGUUGGUGGGGUGUGUGGAGUGGACUAUGCGCAGCUCCAACACCAAUCCACUCGGAUCGUUUCUGAUAAGGGUUUAUCUUCUUUGCUUUUUUGAUGCUCUUUUUGAAAUCGGUGAGUAGACUUUUACAAGGUUCUGAUUUCUUGCUUGAUUCUAAGGACGUGACCAUCAAGGCUCCGAUGGACUCGUGGUUAAUCUACGGUGAAAGGUAGUAUUACGAGCUACUGUGUGUGUGGUCGUGACGGUUUUGUAAACCAUGGGCUCGGAAUCGGUUUUCAAUUGAUUUUGGCAUGUGCCUUGUAAUUUUUUUUCUCUCCCGAAUAAAUGUUUGGUUCGUUGAGGCGGGUGCUUGACCUCGGGCGUGGCUGGCUGUUCGUGUUGGUAGAUGCUAACGUCAUCUUCAGCGAGCUAUUCUUGGUCAGGCCAGAUCUUUAAGAGCAGAUCUUUAGGGAGGUCAAAAUUAUCGGGUUUUCUCUUUCGAUUUAAUUGUGGCCCUUCUUUUUAUGUUGAGCAGCUGUGUGGUUUAGUUGAGGCCUCUGUUUACCGAUUAUUAUUUGUUUUGUCCAUGCUUUGACUAGUUCGAUUACUUUAGUUUUUUUUCUCUUUUUCUUGUCGUCAUUGUAUUUCUGUCAAAAAUCUAAAAUUUGAUAAUAAUAUUUUUGCAUUUUUACCAAAAAAAAGAAUAAAAAAAUAUUCAUAA